AUGGGCUCGUUGCAACAAGUAGUCAAGCCGUUUCCGCCGGGCAUUCAUGUGCCUUGUCUGACCUGGUUCAGCAGCAACGACGCUCAAGAUAUCGACUGGGACUUGCAAGAGCAGCACUUGAGAUUUUUGAUCACUUCUGGCCUUCAUGGGGUUGUGUUGGCCGGGACAAAUGGCGAAGCUGUGACAUUAACAAAGGAGGAAAAAAUCAAGCUCAUCACAUUAACAAAGCGCGUCGCUGCCGAAGUUGGGCAACCGGAUAUUACAAUUACUCUGGGAAGUAAUGGACAGUGCACACGAGAUGUCAUCGCCGAGACCAAGAUGGCGCAAGAAGCGGGCGCAGACUAUGUUUUGGUUCUCGUGCCCAGCUACUUCCACUUUGCAAUGAGCAAGGAUGCCAUUGUUGCGUUCUUCGAAGAGACAGCUGAUUCAAGCCCGCUCCCCAUCCUGAUAUACAACUAUCCCGGUGUAGUUGCAGGACUCGACGUCGACUCCGAAAUGCUGGACCGCCUUGCCAAGCAUAAGAACAUAGUCGGCGUGAAACUGACAUGUGGUGGUAUUGCCAAAGUAUCGCGCAUCGCUGCCACUUACAGCCCCGAGGACUUUAGUGCCCUUGCAGGUCAGAGCGAUUGGCUUCUUCCAGCACUAUCAGUUGGAGGUACAGGCACGAUUACCGGAAUAGCAAAUCUAUAUCCCAGGACCUGUAUCCAAAUCUACGACCUUUUCAAGGCUGGUAAAGUCAAAGAGGCUACCACAUUACAACUGGACCUAUCGAAGAUGGAAUGGGGUUUCGCCAAAGGUGGAAUCAAUGGUACCAAAUGGGUGGUAGCGAAGUUGCGUGGGUAUCCUCAAGAGAGCUGCCAUUGUAGGCGACCAUACCCAAAAUUUGACAACGCGGCGCAGCAAGAGUGGAUUGUUGGUGUUGCUGGCGCUCUGGAGGCAACUGAGAAAAGCAUCGCCAAACUUUCAGUGUAA